AUGCCUGCAUCAGCCAGCAGUAUCGUCGCCCUGCAGUCCAAGAUAUGGGCCGGAUCUAUCGCGCUGGAGAUUCGCCUUGCAGCUUCAGACUGCCGCACGUACAAUGAAUCGGACCCAUACUAUGUGCAGUACCCACGACUGUCCUAUCUGGCGUUCAUGCUGCCACGACUGCACAGCUUCUUUGCCCCAAGUCUGAUCAACCCCGAAGUCUUGGCUCAUGAUGCAUGGCUAUCGUUCGAAGAUGUGCCCUUGAAGUGGCACUACCCCCUGGGACUGUUGUUUGAUCUCUUCUCUGGCGCCGAGCCUGCUGACCUGGAACCGCCUGGCGUUGGUGACGCUUCAAACGUUGCUGCUGAGGCAAGUACGAGCACCUCAACCAUACCAUGGAAGUUGACGAUCCACUACACCGACUUUCCGGAUGAGCAGCUUAUUCAGCUUGAUACUGAAGGUCGUGCUAUGCAAGACAUGUUCAUCAACAGUGUCAAGGAGGCUGACUUUGUGAGAAAUGGCACGGCAAGGACGAUCAUGCUGAUGAGCAAAGAUGACUCGGACAAUCUUUGGGAAUCUGUGCAGCAGCAUGAUCUGCAGCUCUUCAACACAGUCAACAGCAAGCUGCUCAACCCACCCGGCAUGGAGCUUCGCCAUGUUCCAAUCAAGAUUUACCUACCGACUUCUGCCAAUAAAGAAGGGAACAACACAAUACCCGAGGAGGGUGCCGCAGCAGGACAUCUGCGGGUGGUUCAGUCACUUGUGCCAUUGCAGCUACCAUCGAAGCAGCCACAGACGCUCGGCACAGCACUCAAUGGUGUUCUGCCAACAAUCUUUCCAAGCCGACGAAGCCCAAUCUACGCAAGGCCAGUGCUGCACGGUGCAUCUGUACCAUUGUCUGCUCGCCUGGAUGAGCUUGGCAGAGCAGUGGCAUACACUGAUGGCUUUCUACAUGUGGCUGUGGUCAUGCAUGGCUGA